AUGCUCGACUCCACAGAAUACCCUAACAGUACGUUAACAGAUAAAGACGGGCAGUGGAUAAAAGAAGAUUUUAAUCUGGUGGAAAAACCAUUGGCCAUCAGUAGUGUGAAAUCAGGGAAAAUUAAUCAACUGAAUGGAAACUUAGUCCACGCAUCUGGAAAUUCUAAUGCAGGAUCGCUAAGACAGUUCGUAUUUCACUCUAUUGUAAAUCAAACUGAAGGCCCGGUUCUCCUCAAGCCCAUCGGGAAGUCAAAAGUAUUAGUUGGGGCUGACGUCCAGAAUUCAAAGAUAAGAAAUAAAUCCGCAAAGAAGUCCGUGUUAUCUUCAUCUGCUGCUAUAACUUCUGUUUUCCCUAAGACAAAAAAGGCAAUGCUGAAGAAAACGAAACCGGUCGUUAACGCAGAUAACAGCUCCCCCUGUAUAAAGGCAACAUCUGAAGACGGCUUCGGGAGCGGCGCAACAAUUGAAGAUCACCAACUGACCGAUGAGUAUUCUAAGUCUAGCUAUGAGGACUGCGAUGUUGACACCAUCGUGAUGCCAUCUAAACUAAAAACUCCGGUCUUGAGCUCAGUGGAUACACCUGUUUAUCAAAAGAAGAAACGCAAACGCUGUGGGGUAUGUGAUCCUUGCAUGAAGAAAGAUAAUUGUGGGGAAUGUAGCAAUUGCAAGAAUCGCAAGACUGGACAUCAGAUCUGCAAACAGAGGAAAUGCGAAGAACUUAAGAAGAAACCCGGGUUCUUUCAUGAGGUGGGGAACAAAGACAAUACAAAAGCUCAGAGAAAGAAGCAAACACUGGCUGAAAAGACAGGUUCAGAAAGGAGCUCAGUGGAUGGCCCCCGAACAGACCAAAUGGAAGAGGGGUCAACCAACCAUGUUGGUGAAAGCAGGUUAAGAUUAGAAAUGGCACCAAGUCUGGUGAAUGGAGUAUGUAGUCAAGAUGGACAUCCCAUUGAUGUAGAGUCAAGUGAGUGGAUGGAUAACCAGAGACUCCCUGAACACACCAAUGGAAACAACAAUCGAGGAACAACUCAAUUACUGAACCAAGUUAGGAACCAUAUCAAGGAAGACCUGGCAACUACUGAGGAUACUGUCAUCCUGGAUGAUGCUAGAAAGUUAAGUGCACUCCCUGAAACGGCAGUAAGCAUACCUUCAUAUAAUUCACCAGCACAAAACUCUCAGCCUUUACACAGGAUUAACUUUACUGAGAAAUGUAAGCCAGAGAUUAAUAACAGCAGUGACACAGUGAAUAUGAAUGAUGAUUGCCCUCCAAAUGAUGAUUUGAGCACUUUGACCACUGCAUGGACCCUUGCAAAAAAAUAUGGGAAGAAACCACCAAAUUGCAAUUGUGAUGGGCCAGAAUGCCCAGAUUAUCUAGAAUGGCUUGAGAAAAAAAUAAAAGCUGUUCUUAAUGAGGAACAGAAUGGGACUUCACAAAUCCCUGAUAAAAUCAGUGAUAUGCCUGUGGAAAAUGGUGCUUCAACGAAUCAUACACCUACUUUGGAGGAACCAUCCAUUUUUGAUUCCUCUGAUGUUCCUCAAUAUUCUCAGAAUGCAUUAACCAUUGCAAAAGAGAAAAACAUAAGUCUUCAGACAGCAAUUGCCAUUGAAGCCCUUACACAACUGUCAUCAACACUUCCACAGCCAUUUUUAGAAGCUUCAUCACAGAUCAACAGCACCUCUCAAAUUGGUGAUGUCUCAUCUAGUUCCAUUGAGGAGAACAAUGUUGCAUUGUCUGCAUCUUCUGAUGCCAUUCAGGACUUGCAAGAAGACCUCAAUCAUCAGCAAAAGAAUAGGCAUCCUUCGCUACAAGAACAUCCUGGUCAGCAAAUGUUCCCAGAAUUACACUCUCAAGUGCAAACUCCGUGGGAACCUCUGAAGAAACCAGCACAAAUUGAAGCUCACUACAUUCCAGCCACGAAAACAUUACCGGAUCCAUUUAACAAAUUUACAAAUUCAAUAUCAACUAUAAAACAAAUGAAUGAAGUUUCUGCUCAGAAGAGGAAUACAGCCAGUGCUGAAGGAAACAUGCCAGUGUUCAAUGCUCAUCAGCCAGUUACUUCAAUAAAUGACCCUAUGACAGAGUUAAAGCAGCUAUUAGAUAGUAACAAUAGUAACAAACAUCCUCUACCAUUAUUUAGAACACCUGGCUUAACUGUGCAUGAAGAUGCAGGCGUAAAGACCCAACAAAAUUUAUCAUUGCCAUUCUCCAACUUGGUAGCUGGAGUUGAAUUUUAUGGAAUGCAGUCUGAACAACAGUCAUCUCAGUCCAUGCAUCAAAAAGAUAUGCUUCAAAGAAGCAAACAUCAAAAAACACAGGCAGCAUUACAACAACAUCUACACUAUAAACGCAACCUGUUUCAAAUGCACAGUCAAAAACAGAACCAUCUACAUGACCAGCAAAAAUGGUGGUCAAAACAUCAGCCAAAUCUAAAAAGGCAGAAACAAAAGAAACCAGUACACGAAAAGAAGAAAUUACAACCAAUAUAUAAGCAGCGUAAAGAAACCCAGCUUCAAAAGACACAAAAUAUUCAACAGCAACUCUUCUUGCUUCAACUUCAACAAAUGCAACAAAAGAAAUUGCAGCAAAGUCUGCAGCAUCAAUCAUUACCUCAACAGAAACAGGUCUUUGGAUUCCAGCAAAUGGAAAAAAUACAGAAUAAUUAUGAAAUAGGGGAACAUGAAGCACAGUUACUGCCACAACAGCAUCUUCUUAAGGAACAGGAAUUACAGAGAGCACUUCAACCAACUUUUGAAGUUUCCCAGCAGAAACAACCAGAUAACAGUGAGUCAUCAAUUACUCAGGAGACUCCCACCUUUAACAGGUCAGUGUCAAAGGAAACAUACAGAUCUCAACCAGAUUCUUUCUUAUCUAAUCAAAACAUUGAAAAAUAUCCACAAUCAACUCAACUGACGAAUAGCCUUUCCAAAUAUGCAGAUGAGAAAGAUCCACAUACUAAUUCAAUCUCCUUACCUAUUCAAACACAACAAAAUGAUGUACCAGCACAUAGUCCUCACUCUUUUGAGGAAAAAAUUGAGGAACUCUUAAAACAAUUUGAAGCUGAAUUUGAAUCAGGCUCUACAUCACAGCAACUCCAAUUUACUCCUCAGAAUAACUCAGCAUCUCAGGGAGAACCAAAUGAAAACCAGACACCUUCCACUGACUCUCAGUUUUCAUUUCGCAAUCAAUCUAGUGAUUCAGACCAGAGUAAUCAAAUUUUGUUUUCUCGAAAAAGUCCGUAUCAUGAACAACACGAGUGCAAACUGACCAGUACAAACAACAAAACCAAUUCCAGUUUACAGGAUAGUACAAAAUGUUGUAAUGACACUUUUUUGACUGGAUACUCAAAACACAUGAAAGUUGAAAGCUCUGGUGCUAUUACAGUAUUGUCAACAGUUUAUUCUGGAGAAAAUAUCGAGGGAUCUUCAGAAGGCACUCCUACAAAAAGUACACCACUCACCCCUUCCCUCAGUGGCUUUUUGGAAUCUCCUUUAAAAUAUUUGGAUACCCCAACUAAAAGUUUGCUGGAUACCCCAUCAAAAAAAGCCCAAAUGGAAUUUCCAUCAUGUGAUUGUGUUGAACAAAUCAUAGAAAAAGAUGAAGGUCCAUACUACACACAUCUUGGUUCUGGACCUACUGUGGCAGCAAUUCGAGAACUAAUGGAGGAAAGAUAUGGGGAGAAAGGGAAAGCAGUUAGAAUUGAGAAAGUCAUUUACACAGGGAAAGAAGGAAAAAGUUCCCAGGGUUGUCCAAUUGCAAAAUGGAUAAUAAGAAGAGCCAACGAAGAAGAAAAGGUCCUCUGCCUUGUACGUGAGCGUGCUGGUCAUCACUGUCAGAAUGCAGUUGUUAUUAUUCUUAUACUUGCAUGGGAAGGUAUUCCUCGAGCUUUUGGGGACAAGCUGUAUGAUGAACUCACAGAGACUUUAACGAAGUAUGGGAAUCCUACAUGUCGCCGGUGUGGAUUGAAUGAUGACCGCACAUGUGCAUGUCAGGGAAAGGAUCCUGAGACCUGUGGUGCUUCCUUUUCCUUUGGCUGUUCUUGGAGCAUGUACUUCAACGGAUGCAAAUAUGCCCGCAGCAAGCAUCCACGCAAGUUUAGACUUCUGGGGGACAACCCUAAAGAGGAAGAUUUACUUAAAGAGAGAUUACAAACUCUAGCCACAGAGGUUGCACCAAUAUACAAGCAGCUUGCACCCCAAGCCUUCAAAAAUCAGGUUACAAAUGAACAAAUAGCCCCCGACUGCAGACUUGGAAAAAAAGAAGGAAAGCCAUUUUCUGGUGUAACUGCAUGUAUGGACUUCUGUGCCCAUGCUCACAAAGAUCAGCAUAAUAUGUACAAUGGCUGUACUGUGGUUUGUACAUUAACGAAAGAAGACAAUCGUAAGAUAGGAAUGACCCCAGAAGACGAACAAUUGCACGUGCUUCCACUGUACAAGGUGUCAACAACUGAUGAAUAUGGUAGUGAAGAGAAUCAGAAUGAGAAGAUUAAAGCUGGAGCAAUAGAAGUGCUUACGGCAUUCCCCAGGGAAGUCAGAAUGCUGCCUGAGCCAGUUAAAUCAGCACGUCAAAAGAAACUAGAAGCAAAAAGAGCAGCUGAAAAACAGAGAAACCAAGCAAAGAAACUUCUGGCUGGAAAACUAAAGCAGGAAGAUUUGCAGUGCAGUGCUGCACAAAACAAAGAUGUCACAUUGGCAACUGCAACACCCCAACAUCACAUUACAACUUCAAUCAAAAUAGAACCACAAGAUCACUAUAAUUCCUACAAACACAGUGGAAAUUCAGUUGUUGAGAGUUACACAGUGCUUGGUAGCUGUAGACCCUCCAACUCUUACAGUCUGGGAAAUGCCUAUCCUUAUCAUUCUUACUAUGCAAGGCCAACCCCGCCUUCCAUUAACAAUUUUCAUCCUAGAUAUUCAUUCUCUUAUGGAUAUUAUGGUUAUGCAAGCGACCAAUUAUUUCCUACAUCAUUCCUUAACUAUGGCAGAAACGACACAAGACCAGGGAGUUUCUCAGGAAACAGCUUUGAGAAGAAGCCUGAUGUACAGGAGCUGUGUGCUAAUUUCAAUCUUGCCCUCAGAAGUAACAGGAUUGACUGCUCUGACCAGGCUGCAGAGAUGACACCAAAGCAGAAUCAUCAACCCAUGUUCCAAGGAGGAUCAGGAUUAGUUUCUCAAACAUCAUUAUCUACAACAUCCAAUCAAUCACAUCAAACACAUCAAAUACCUGAGGAAGUCAAAAGAGUUCCACAAAAUACAAACAGUGUCAAUCGAUUUAUCAAGCAAGAGCCUGAUGACUCUGUUUCCUAUUCACAGUCCUGUCGUGGGAUAUCUAUGAAUGUCCAUGCAGUGAACAGUACCUUUUCUGCUCUACAAAUGCCGCCAAACAUAGCCCAUCAAGGAAAAUCAUGGGAUAUGUUUAAACCAAAUGGUAGUUUAAUAUCAGCUGGAACAUCUGGUCAUGAAAAACCAUGGGGCUUAUUCAAUCCUACUGAUCCCGCCAACUUAAUUAACACAAAUGUUCAUGAAAAAUGGAAUUCAACAACAUCUAACAGGAAUGCAACAGGAUUACCUGCAACAAAUAUGCAAGAAAAGCCAUGGAAUUUACUUACAGAUAGAAGUGCACCACCAGUGCAAAGUGCAAAUCUCCAGGAAACAAUGUGGGAUUCAUUUAAAACAGGUGAAACCAGAUCACCACCCUCAAUCUCAUCUAAUGUGAACCUUAAAGACAAAUUAUGGGAACCUGCAAAAAUACAGAACAACUUGUCAAUGAUAUCAGGACCUAGUCUACAAGAUAAACCAUGGGAUUUGUACAAAAUAGGUAACAGCAAGCCUUCAAUAUCCAGCAUAAACCCGCAUGAGAAAGUGUGGGGUGAAAAUGGAACGAUGUUGCCCAGCACAAAUAUGGAAGGCAAGCAGUGGGAUCUUUACAAAGUAAAUGAAAAUAAGUCAGUAUUACAGAGUGCAGACCUACAGGAACAACUAUGGGAUCCUUACUGCAUGAAUGAAAACAUGGAAGAUUUGCCUCCUGAGAAUGUUAAAGAGGAAGAAGAGGAAGUGUGGUCUGACAGUGAACACAAUUUUUUGGAUGGGAACAUUGGUGGAGUUGCUGUGGCACCAGCCCAUGGUUCUAUUUUAAUUGAAUGUGCCAGAAGAGAGCUUCAUGCCACUACUCCAUUAAAAAAACCAAACCGGUGUCACCCCACGCGGAUAUCUCUUGUGUUUUACCAGCAUAAGAACUUAAAUCAGCCAAACCAUGGCUUAGCUCUCUGGGAAGCAAAGAUGAAAAUUCUUGCAGAAAGAGCAAAACAAAGGCAGGAAGAAGCAGCAAGAUUAGGCUUGCCACUGGUAAACACCAAGCUUCUUGGGAAAAAACGCAAGUGGGGCAGUGCACCGACUGCAGAUAUUGAACAUGACAAAAAAGACUAUUUUCCCACACGUCAGGCUAUGACCAUCACAACAAACACUGUUAUCACUGUGUCUUCAUAUGCCUAUACCCAGGUAACAGGACCCUACAACCGCUGGAUUUGAAAUAUGUACAACCUUGCGGCCAUUUUACCUCACUACAGCAGCUGUUUCUGUUGCUGGUUGCGGUGCUUUCCUCUGAUGAAUAUACUGUAGAGGGGAAAUUCCACUCAAGUGCAAAUCAUCUCGAAAGCUGCACUCUGAGCAAAGAAUUUUAAUUACAAUUGAAAAUUUCCAGUUUUAGUAAUCUAAUUUAUAUAUCUACAUGUUUUUGAACUUAUAAUUGCCCAUCAUACUGAGGGGUAAAAAGAAAACUUUCUAUGUCAAAUUAGAAGAAUAGUAUUUAUUGUACACCUUUUGUUGUCUUUGUUGUUCAAAAAAUAAUCAUUUGUUAGAGAAGCAGCUACUACUUCAGGGCCAGGUUAAUUCUGACAGAUAAUAACAUCUCGACCUGUUGAAUUAUAUGUAUAGGGCAUCAUCUGAAGCAAAACUAAAAGAAAAAGAAAUUGGUGCUUUUAAAAAGAAUAAGUUUACAGCGUAGAGUUCAUUUUUUAGUCACAACAGUAAAAGUCAUCGACACAACCCUUAGCCCAGCAACUUAAAUUUGUAAAAUGUAUUCCGCUGGCCUGGCUUGUUGGUGCUCUAAACCUUAUUAGCCUGAUGUUUCAAAUGAAGCAUCAAAGACAUGCACUUAUAUUAAAAAAAUUCCCAUUGUGCCGUUCAGAGGUUGACUAUAUGGCAAUUACUAUCAUGGUGCUCCUCCAGCUCAUUGUUUUUACAAUUUUCUUAACAUCUCAUUUCACUGAAGAAAAGAAUUUACAGUACAUCUGAUGUACUUAAGGCAAGCUUAACUGAUAAUACUGAAGUCAUUUUAUGAUUGAUCAUCUUGUUGUGUUUCACUAAACAUCUAACUUGUAAUUGCAGUAGAAGCUUGUUUGUUAUCACAAUUUUCAAGCAGCCAUUUUUCUGUCCUAGCUGUACCAGUCCAAACAAAGGUUAAUCAGGAAGCCACAUUAACAAAAUUGUUUUCUUUUUCUGCUACUGCAGUUAAAAUAAAACUAUAUCAGAAUGUUGCAAUUUUAGACCAAAUUAUAGAUGCAACAACAGGACUAUAAUGAUUACCAAAUUUAUUUGUGUCUUCUGUCAAGCAAACUAAAAUUUCCUGAGCUUCAAAUGUACUAAAGAUACUUAUUCUGCUUCACUCAACUACUAAAUAUGGGUUUUACUUUGAUGACAAUGUACCACCAGUCUAAAAGGUAUGCCUGUCAUUGUUGUGUUGUUAUUAUAACUGCAUUCAGGUGCCUCUUCAGAUUGCUGGGAUUCAAGUGACAGUUGAUUUGAUUUUUGUUGUAUUCCUCAUUUUUACACAUUGGUAUAAAAAGAACAGCAGGUUGUGUAUUUCACCUGCAUCCUAUAUCCUCCAAUUUUAAACUGUAAAUAUAUUAAAAACAUUUUAAAGCACUUUCACAUUGAUUUAAAAAUGACAACUUGAAGUAGUUUAUUUAACAGAUAAUUAUUGGGAGAACUACUGUAAAUAGCUGCAGAAUUUUUAGCAAAAUAUUUCCCCUCUUUCCUACAUUUUUCCCGUAAUCUUUCAUAACCAUGUUUAGAGAUUAAUAAUAAAUAAAGAUCUGGUUAGUAUAUUGGUUCUUGAAACUACUCAUGUUUAGACACUGAUAAAACCAAAAAGUAACUUCAGAGUUAAUUUUUGGGAUUGCUGAAAUAUUUGUUUUGAUUAGAAACCAUGCUUUAAGUAGCUCAUUUGAAGUACCAGUUAUUUUGCCACAUUGAAGCAAGCAUAGUGAUGUCAAAUUUGACGCGUAAAUCACAAUUUAUAACUGCUUAAGUUAAUCAACUAUGAAUCCAACCUGCAGAAUUUCUAAAGCAGAUGUAGAAAUAAGGGAAUGGUUUAUGAAUCAGGCUUACUGUACUUAACAAUUGUUUCAUCUUAAAAUCAGUUGGUAUUUAUCCAGCUUCACAUUUUAAAAUGCAUGUUUUAUUUAGUAUGAGUUUCUAAAGUGGGGCAUUGGAUUACUCGCAUGAAAAUAGAUCUACUAAUUUUGUACAAAUGCUUAAUAUUUUUGACCAAAUUUGCUCCACUGAGCUUUUAUUCAGUUUUGAGGAAUUGGCUGUACAGUUUAAAAAUGGCACUUUGCUUUAUCUAUUCCAUCGACAGUAUACAGAUGUACAUCCAAUGUAAUGUUUGACAUACGCCAGAAAAUACGGGAAUUUUUUUUUCAAAAAUGAAUUGAGUACAUCACAAUGCAAGUAAAUUCCAUCUUAAUUUCAAGUCUAAAAGGAAAUGUAACUGAUAAAGAUGUACUAUUCUUAAGGCAUAUUGCCCUCUAUCCUCCACAGAAAGAACUGUAAAUAUUUGAAUUUUGGGAGGUUCGAUUCAAAUGGAUUCAUGUGCCUUCUUUGAUUAUUUUGCGUCCAAUGUUCAAAGUCAACAAACCAACCAGUGAACAAAAUUUAAGCCUUAUUUCCAUCCCAAUACAGGGUUCAAAAUAAUUCAAAUAUUGAAAAAACAAGAUUCAAAUGCAUAUUAUUAGCUGGACACCACAUUCCCCAGUCUGACUAUCUAAUCAAAUAUUUACAUGACAUACUGAAGAUUCAGUUUGGAUUCUACCGCCAAUAAAAAUAUCGAUGAAAAGUACAUUACAGUUCACAUGUCAUAGAUGCCAUUCUUAAACUAGAAGAACAAUACCUCAGAUCUUAACUUUGUUAAAGAAUUGAAUGUGUUUUCUGAACAGGUUUCUGAAUACGUUAAUCUUUUGAGGAUUAUAUUAGCAUUUGCGAUGUUAAAGUAAUUCCUAAAGCUUUUCAGGCAAUAAUGGUGAUAUAACAACAUUAAUGAAAGCUUAUUUUGUAACACAUUCAUUGUUUGCAUCAUUAAUUAUAUCACUGCAUUCAAGGUUGGACUGAUCCCACCACAUAAAAUAGAAUAACGAAAUUACUAGCUUUUUGCCCUUGCUUCAUCACUUUUGUCACAAAAUGUUGCAAUGUUUCACAAAACUGUGUGAAAGGUGAGUGCUUUGACCGAGCAGGACCAAUAUUGCCAGUUAUCCUCCAGGCAUUUACAACCCUGCAGGUAAAAUAAUCCUUUUUCAUACAGUGCUCAUUCUAGCAGCUCUGCUAUGAACUGAGGAAGAGUUUUUUUUGAAAGAGCUGACGUUCAAAACACAUGAUCCUUAUUUGAGGGUUCAAUAAACUUUUUUCAUUCUGUGUAUCAGCUGAGCUAUAAGAAAAACUGUUCAGCUAGGUACACAAAAAUGUAGUACUAAGGUUUGAUUGAAAUGAUAUUGCACUCCUGCAUGCCAGAUUGCAGCACUGUUUCAAUAAUAAUGUGGAUUUUUCCCCUUAUCCCUAUUGUACUCAGGCCGAUCUAUAAAAGAUUGCAUUUGUAAGAAUCCAUUUCCCUUAUUACUAAAAGUGCAGUGUAAAAGCUUUCCUGAACAACAGGUAAUUCUAAUUCCUGAAAUUAAACCUCAGGCAUUAUUUCUGUACGUGCAAACACUAAAGGGUGCUAAAAUAAGUAACUAAAUGUGAAAUACCAGCAAUUUUUACUCACUGUAAGAGGCUGACAUAACUUGAAUUACAUGCAGGGUAGCAUUUCUUACUGGUGCAUAACAACGUGGCUAAAGACCACUGACAUGCUACUUGUGUUUUGCUGGUUAAUUGUAGAGAAGUACAGUAUUUGUUUCUGAAUCGCAAAUGAUCUGGGUUGAGCAAAUUUGCCACUGACAAAUAUAUUCAUGCCACUGAUAAAAUUUUGAUGCAAAUAUCACAUUUGGUGUUGUACAAAACAGAAGUGAAAGCUGCUCAUUAAAAUCCAUUGUACUGUGAAAAUCCAAAUUUCUUACAAAAAGAAAACUAAGAUCAGAAUUUGGCUUUGAGCCUCAUUCAUUGAAUAUGUGAAUUAUUUAAGCCUCGAAACUAAAUUUCUAGCAGCAGUUCUUUUGAAUUCUUUCAUGUGAUAAUUCCCUCAUCAAAUGUCAAAUACAAUUUUGAAAGCUCUAAAUAUAGACCAAUUAAAUAAACCAACCAGAAUGAAUUAAAAUCAAAGAAUCAUGAGAAUAUAUGAUCCUAAUAUUUUAAAGGGAAUUACUUUAAAGAAAAAAAACCUUUUAAUGAAUGAUUUAUGCAUAAACGUUUGGCGUGCUUCAGAUUAAAAUGCAUUAUUACAUCACUUGCAUGCAACGUUGUCGUGCCAAGAAUGAUACAAAGCUAUUUUUCCUCUCCAAACAACAAAACAUUUGUCACAAACAUAUUUGCAUGACAAAAGUAAAGACCAGCUCUUCCAAUCAGUAUCUAAUGUCAGACCCAAACAUAUAAUGAUGAAUUAGAUUUAAACACAUUAGACUGAAUCACUUCUGUAGAACUUUACGUGUAAGGAAAAUGAUUUGGGAUUCCGAAACUUUUAAUUUGCAAAUUAUGCAAGCAAACCUUUACCUGUGAUAGAAUGCUGAUUACCAACAUUGAAAAUCCACAAGCCAUCAGCUCAUCAAAUAGAGUGGCAUCGAACAUUGGCAAUGAGCCCUAGUAUUAUUUAAAGAGAUAUUCCUCACUCAACUCUGGAAACGUGUUGAAUAUUAAGCUCUGCAAUGUUGUCAACAGGCAUUCAAAAAUAGCUUGACAGUAAAAAAGCACAAAACCAAUUUGAAUUAUGUUUUCUGCCAAACAUGAAUCAGUGAAAUAGAAUUUGAGAGUCAUUUAUAAUAUGACCUGCUGAAAGGUGCUACAAAAAUCUUCAAUGAAGUGCUGCAGUGGUCAAUGUCAUAUUCACACACAUUUACAAGAUUAGAAAUUUAAUUUGGAGUUAAAAUAUUUUCAGUGUCGCAACAUAAAUUUCUUGUCAGAAAGAAGAAAAUGCUUACAUUACAGCCUCAAUUUAGUUUAAGGAGACAUUUAUCAAUAGUUCGCAACUGUUGUUAUCAACGUAGACACACGCCGCACUCAAUUAUGUGCGGUGACGGAAAAUGUUCACACUUCGUUAAACAGAAGUUUUGUGUAGAAAAUGUGACUUCUUCGGGGAAGUAUGUGAAAUGUGUGUAUUUUUGGUGCAACUUUCUUAUCGUAAAAUGAUUUAAGGCAGCUCAGCUUCAUACAGCAUUUCUGAUUUUCUCAAUGACAAAAAUGUUAGCUUUGUUACCCAUUCUGCAGCAACAUGCUUGCAUUGCCUGUGCUCAAAUGUUGGCAUAAAUUUAUGCUUUAUCCAUGUGGCUUUAUUUUGUAUAUCAGUAUUUGUAAAUAUGAAGUAUGUUUUAAACUUCUUUCAAAUUGCUUUUAUAUUUUCUUUUGUUUUAUUUGAGGUGCUAUUCAAUUUGUCCAGUCAGGUGUUCCUCCCCUUUUUUUUAAUAAAUGUUUGUGUUUUGGUUGUACAGAAAUAUGGAUUCUGUUUGGUGACUUCCUUGUCCUAAAACCCAGGAAUAUCUGUUUUCUACAUUCCUUAUAUAACUUCUAACAUUUGGGCAAUCUUGCAAUUCAGAUGCAAACAAGCAUGGCUUUCAGAAAAACUGCAUUUUAAAAACUGAUAAAAGCAGGCAUGCUUUCUUCACUUAUAUAACUCUGCUUUUCUAGCAGGAUGCAUUUCCUUCACGGGCAAGAGGGUAUACAUUUGAAUAGGCAGAUAGAAAAAAGUAACAUUGGUAUUCCCAUAGAUGCUAAAUUUUAAAGAUUCACGGGUAAAAUAUUCCAUUUUUGUUGCAUUAGAGCCACUCUUGGCAUUGACUUCAGAACAUUAUAUUGCUUAGGUGGAAGUUUCUUGCUCAGAAUCACAAAAGACCUGGCUGGGAGUAAGGACUUUUGCAUCCUUUUUAGGAAUUGUUGGGUGACCGAGGAGUCUUUCAUACUCCCUAGUCUUGUACGUUAUGUUAGGGAAAAUGGUCUGGAAACACAGUAACAAAUUGUACACUGUGCACUUGUUGCAUUUGCAAUUUGAUCUGCUACAACCCAUGCAGACCAAAUGACAACACAGUGACAUCCAGCUUUCAAAUGGAGCUAUCUUGAGCAGAAACAUCCCAAGUUGGUAGCACAAUUGAGAUGUUUUACAUAUCAGAAAAAAUGACCUAUGCUUUUUGACACUGAUAACUGCAUUUCAGACCAGGUAGCAUUCACUCGAAGCCAUCUGGCUCAAAUUUCAUUAUCCCUGUCUAGGAAGCAAGUGCAUUCACAGAGCUCAACUUUUAACAGUAAAACAACAGCAAAUGGCAACACUUGCAGUUUCUAAGCAUUUAAGUUUACUUUGGGUCGGAAACUCAGUUAGUUCAACAGACCUUUGAGCACUUUUGGUUUUGAAGACAGUUUAACGUACCGGAAUUUAAUGGUGUCCAAAACAAGCUGUGCGAAACAACCUCCUGCCAGGGCUGGCUGUAGAGUUCAGAGGUGGUUUGAAUCUUAUUUCUGAAGUCAGUUCAGGUUAUGACUCCAUUGCAACUUGCUGCAAAACAAAAAUGCUUAAUAAUGUUAACGUUGCAAUAUAAAGACACCUUUAAACACAUCAAAACACUGCAAUUGUGUUACUUUUUUGGGUGGUUUUGGAGUGGUAUAUGCAGUUAUUUUUUUCUUACAAUGCUGACUUUAUAAUUCAUAAAGAAUUUCACAAACUGCACAUAACUGAGAAGGUAUUGUCCUUUCUCUAUUACAGAAGAACACAGAAAUAAUUUACACAAUUUCAGUUGCUCUGAUCAACUGAGUGUUAGAUCAAGGAGCUAAUGUAUAUUCUUAUCUUUAUUUGUGGAAAUUGUAAAUUCCUAGUGGCUUGCCAGUAUUCCGAGAUUGCCUCAGAUCCUUGCAGCAUGUAAAUCAGCAAGCACCAUUUUUGAUGUAAAAAAUUACCCUAUUAAUCAUGUGACUGGUGGAAGGACAUUGCAAAGGUUGCAGUUCCAGUAAGCUACUAUGUUGUACACUUUGUAUAUUCUUGUAUAGAGAAAAUUACUCUGCUUUCCUUUUAGUGAUUGGGCUUUCAUAUCUUUUAUAAUUUAUCUAUACUGGCAAGGAUACCAAGUGUGGAAAAUGUGAACAAAAAGCUGAAAUGAUUUUGGUCAAUAAUUGAUGGUGAAUAACAAGCAAAUUAGUAUGGGAUUCCAUAUUUCACUUAUUCAAACAAAAACAGUUGUAACAGUACUUAAAACUGAAUUUCAAUGAGAUAUAGCAGGAACUGCAGAUGCUGGAGAAUCUGAGAUAACAAAGUGCAGAGCUGAAUGAACACAGAAGGCCAAGCAGCAUCAGAGGAGCAGGAAGGCUGACGUUUCGGGCCUAGACCCUUCUUCAGAAAUGGUUUCUGAAGAAGGGUCUAGGCCCGAAACGUCAGCCUUCCUGCUCCUCUGAUGCUGCUUGGCCUGCUGUGUUCAUUCAGCUCUGCAUCGUGUUAUCUCAACUGUCUUCAAUGAGAUAUGUUUUGAAAAUGAAUUCUUUCCUAUUAACAGGAUAUUUGACCAAACACCGAUACCUUGUAUAAUUUAUUGUUUUAAAGAGUGUGUCUUCCAUUUAACUUGAAAGGCAUAUGUGAAUCUAAGCUCAAAAUUUCCCAAAACAUUUUUAAAUGAACUCUAGCCAAAUUGAAACAAUACUUACAAAUUGAAAAGUAUACUUUUAAUAGGCCUGAAACAAGUAAAUAAGUGUUGCACUUUAUCAUAAAAGGUGUCACUCCCUAAGACUAAAUAUUUGUAUUUGAUUCUGAUUUUGUUCCUGGAAGCUGUAUAUUUUUACUUUUUGGAUUAUAGUUGUCACUUAAAGAUUUUGAUUAGCUCAGGGCUAGAAGGUAAUCAUAUUUAUAUGCACAUGAUAGAGGACACUUUGUUCCUGAGUGGAAAAUAUGGCUUCGACCUCUUUAUUUGAAUAUAGAAAGUAUGGACUUAGGAAACCAGCACUGCUAUUGUGGAUACAUUUGGACAUUGCAAGUAUAUGUAAUUCUACACAUGUUGUCAGUGAGUUUUUUGGAAUUGGACAGGUAAAAGUGAACUUGUGACGCAUUUACAGGCACUUUAUAACCAUUGUUUUCUUAUAACCCUGUGAUCAAAAUAGUCUUAACAGAACAAGACUGAACGGUAACUAAGGUUUUGGACUUGAGCCUAGGUCUUGAGAUACAUGUAUUUUACGUCUUAGUAGAAAUGUUUCAAGCACCUGGAAUAUCCAACAUAAUUGAAACAUUGCUCUCAUGAUUUCAAAUUCUGCUUCAUAAUUACUACAUAUUGUUUACUGCAGCAAAGCUGUGAAACAGUAUCAUCUUGUAGAUUUAAUUUUUGCCUUAUGCCAAAUAAAUGGAAGACAACUCUUUAAAACUAGACGAUAUGCUGUUUCUUUUGAGCUCACCUGCAGUUAGCUGUAAAUAAUUAUAAUUAAGAAUGCUGCAGUUUAACUUUUAUGGCACAACCACUGCUGUAAAUCUUGCAAAGUCUAAACAAAAUCAUUUUGAUGUGCUUGAUUGAAAAUCUGUCUUUAAAAUGGUGCAAACAUAUUCAGUUCUGUAGUUCUUUUAAUUUGCUUUAUAUUGAAAGAAAUAUGAUAUUAAUGUCCCAAACUAAUUUUAAUAGUUGCCUAAAGAGAAAAAAAAUCAGACUAUUGUGUGGCCUAAUUUAACUUUACUUUCCACUCUGACAUCAGGGAUACUUUUAACUGCGAUGUAUCGGUAUGCCAUCUCUGCUUAUUUUAUCGUACAUCUUUCAGGGAUUUUAUUUUGGGCUUACAAUACUUCUAUCCAUGUUGUAAGUGUGACAAAUAAGCUUAUUCUGAUGCUUUGGUUAACAACAAAUUUUUGUAUAUUAUGUCAAAGCAGUAGUGUAUAAUGUUCUAAAGCCUAUUGUGUUUUUUUAUUAUUUUGUAAUGUAUUUAAGGAAUUAGGGUUGAGAAAAGAUGACCGUGAAAGUAUAAAAUAAUAGGAAAAUAUUGUUCAAAUUUGUUUCUUUGUAUUCAAUCGUUGACUAUAAAAAUGUUAUACAUACUGUAUGACAAGUUCCUCAGACUCAAGAGGUUGACUUGUAACCCAUACUUGAAACUUUCUUUGAAAAAGUCAGUGUCCGCUACUUGAAAUGAAGUUUGCAGUUUGAUGGAUGAAAGUAGCAUGAAACAAAAUCCAAAUGGAAUAGGCUCUUAUGUACCUUACUGCAGAUAUUAGUACAGUAAAUAUUUUGCUGAAAGUUUUACUUUGGGUUGAUUUAUUCUUUAAUUUUCUUUUAAUUCUUCUUCGGUGGUCUUAUUCAGUGGUCUAUAAUUGUAUUAUUAAGGCACUGAUAGGACUAGGAUUCCUUUUAAUUUUAUUGUACUGUAUUGUAUACAAAAAGGUUGUUUGCAAGAACUUCCUUGUAAAUGUAUUCUUCAUGAUCAUUUUGAAAUAUUGUGGGUGUUUUAAUAAAUUUUAUAUUUAUUUUUUGCA